AUGCAGGUGACCGGGCGCGGUUAAAGCCUGCAAUAAAAUUUGGAAUCAGUAGGUGGCGCUAUACAGCUACCCAAGAUGGCGACCACCAUGGAAUCAUUUUCCCGGUUCUGCCUCUGGUUUCUGGUAUUUUUGCCCGUUAUCUGCUUUUGCCAGGUAUUAUCAGACAUGGACCUGCCCGCUGGAGCCGCCCCUCAGCCCAAUAUCCCCACCCUGUCAGUCACAGUGGAACAUUCCUUUGAUCAAGGAAGAGACCAGACGUUCACCGCCCGUGGUACGAUAUCCUGGAAGACCAUGAGAAGUACCAGCGGUACCUACGUACAGGGAGUACCACUGUCAGAGCAAGACAGGGACAGGCUAAAGGUUUUAGCGGAUGCAGGCGGGUUUUACCGUAUCCGAGUCCCCAACAAGUUUGGACUAAUCGGUGACAGCACCACUGACUAUGUCUCCACACUGGUGCGAGCUGACCUUCUGUACAACUCCUGUUUGUCUGACAUCAUCACCCUGAACAUCGACAUGCUCGGACACAUCAUCGGUGUUGCCAUGGCAACUGUGCCUGAGGGCUGUGAGGGUGACGAGGUCGAGACCUUUGACCUGAGCCUCUUCAACACGACGGUGGAGAUCGCGCAGCCCGUAACGGGGCCUGUCCCGGAGACGCAGGCCUACAUUCAAAAGAUCGAGCAGGAGCGGGCUGAGAAGGAGAAAGGUCAACCUCCGGAGCAGAGGUCGUUCUUCGCAAAAUAUUGGAUGUACAUCCUCCCCAUAGUUUUAUUCCUGAUCCUGAGCCCAGGCCAGCCUGAGGGUGGUCAGGGAGGUGGUGGCCAGGGGGGUGGUGGCAGAGGGGGGAACGGCGGCGGCUAGAAGAAAUGGAACCUCUCAUCGUGAAAAAGAUCUGUGUAAAAAAAGUGCACAUAAUUUUAAACUACCGAUACAAUUACAACUGUUUGACUGUUCUUGUGUAUGUGGUAGGUUUACUGUUAGCAGUAUGUUCAAGAAAAAGUGGUCAAGUGAAAAAAGAUGAUGAUAUGAUUUUGAAUGCAGAUACUUGACAGAUAAUCGGUUAUUCCAAGGAGGUUAAAAAAUGAUGCAGUAUAUCGAGUUCCUGCAUGACAAGCUAGAGAAAUUCUAAUGCAUACCAACAUUGUAAGAGAGAAAAACAUAGAAAUCAGAUAUUAAAAAAUUGUAGAAGGCAAACUUGAAAUACGUUUCUUUAUGGCUGAUUUAGUUCUUUUGUAACAAAAAGGUGCAGAAAAUUCGUGCAAGAAUUGUGUUUAACUUACUUGUGAUGAUUCUUGGCUUAUACCUACCGUGUUAUUUUGUUUCUACAUGCAUACAUACAUUUAUUUUGUUUCUACAUGUAUGUUGGUCCAUUAUCAGGGGUAAAUGUGCAAUCAUG